UAGGUAUCGAAACGUUUCUACAAACGAGAACUGUCAAGCGAAAACGCAACUCGAAGCGUUUUUCUAACCAUACUCCCGAACACAAUUCGCUGUAUUUAGCGAGCAAGACAUUCCUUACUGUGUCUCUGUCACCUAGCUGGAACUAUGGCAAAAUGGGGCGAAGGUGAUCCACGCUGGAUUGUGGAAGAGAGGCCUGAUGCCACCAAUGUUAAUAAUUGGCACUGGACGGAGAAGAAUGCUUGUGCAUGGUCACAAGAAAAACUAAAGGAAUUAUUGGUAAAUUUAAAAAUUGAAGGAGAUGGAAUAUCAUGUAAAAUAGAAGAAAUGGAAAAAUGCGAAGGUGAAGCGGUAGCAAAUAAUAGAAAAGGCAAACUUAUUUUCUUUUACGAAUGGAAUAUCGUGCUUAAAUGGACAUCAAACGAUAAAUCAAGUAAAAAAAUUGAGGGAAAGAUUAAUAUCCCUAAUCUUUCUGAAGAGAAUGACAUCAGUGAAGUAGAUAUUGAAGUUACAUUGAAAGAUAGUACGGAUGAAGGGGAGAAUGUAAAACAAUUUUUGCAUACAAAGGGAAAGGAUAUACUGAGAGAAAAAUUGAUAAAAUAUGUAUCUUGCCUAAAGGAAGAAUUUACGAAAGGAAUGAUACUUCCUAAGAAGGACAACGUAAAGGAAAAUAUUUCGAAUAUAACAUCCGGUUUCAAUAUUAAGAUGCAAAUGAAUGCUACAGUAGCACCAACGAAUAAUAAAGCAGCAGAAUGUAAGAUCUCAACCACUACCAUUAAGCAGCAGAUAAAGUUCCAAUGCAGAGCAGAAGAAUUUUACAACGUUUUCUCCUCAACUGAGAUGGUACAAGCCUUUACGAAAAAUCCGGUAAAAUUGGAAGCGAAGAAAAAUGGUCAGUUCGAGCUGUUUGGCGGCAAUAUUCACGGUGAAUUCGUGGAGAUUGCGCCAACAAAGAUCGUUCAGAAAUGGCGUUGUAAACAGUGGCCAUCUGGACACUUUAGCGACGUAACGAUCGAUAUCAACGAGAAGAACGACCAUACCGAGGUCAAUUUAACGCAAACUGGUGUCCCACUUAGCGAGGAGGCCUCCACGAAGGAGAAUUGGGACAGGUAUUACUGGGACCCCAUAAAGCGCACAUUCGGCUUCGGAUACUUCAUGACUUUCCCUUCGCCUUUCGCAUGGAAGGACAGGACCAAUGUCCUCGCAACGGCUAGGCGGGAGCGGCAUGAAUGGGCAGAUCCAGAGAGCGGCAAGAGUGCGCGCGCCUUCGAAAAUCAAAAUCAAUCGCGCCACACGAUACCUACCUGUCCACUUAACGGAGAACACCACGAGCAGUGUGACGAGGCGAGCAUGCCAUGCGCACUUAACGGAGAGGUAAUCGCGUUGCACACCUGGCGCAACAUGCAUCCUUCCACGCCCUUGCCGCAGCAGCAACAGCAACAACAGCAGCAGCAGCAGCAGCAGCAGCAGCAGCAGCUCGACCGGCAUAUCGAACUGGCCGCAUUCAAUGAGGAAUCUAUCGCAGUUAUGGCAGUUAUCGACGAGAGCACGACGACGACGGAGGCGGUGGACGACGAAGAGGAGGAGGAGGAGGAGGGGGACGAAGAAGAAGACGAGGAAGACGAAGCGGCGACGGAAAAGGGAAGCAUUCGCGACGGUAGCGGCGAGGUACGCACCGAGUCCCGGUGUCCGCCGGCAAGCGAGACCAGAAGCAGAAAGAAAAAGACAGAGAAAGAGAGAGAGAGAGAGAGAGACAGGGAGAGGGUGAGAAAUAGCCCGUCAGACAUGAACGUUACUUUGAUGCUGGAUCAACUCGGCAAUGACAGCUCUAACAGCACCAACGGUCUCGACUGCGGCGGUGAGCCCCAUCAGUACGCCAUAUGGGAACGUGUGUUGAUAGUGGUGAUCGCCAUCCUCCUCAGUUUCAUGACGGUCGCCGGCAACAUAAUGGUCAUGAUAUCAUUCAAGAUCGAUAAGCAGCUGCAGACGAUCUCCAACUACUUCCUCUUCAGCCUGGCGGUGGCCGACUUCGCGAUCGGCCUAAUCUCCAUGCCUCUGUUCACGCUGUACACGGUACUCGGCUACUGGCCGCUCGGGCCCCACGUGUGCGACACGUGGCUCGCCCUCGACUAUCUCGCGAGCAACGCGUCGGUUCUCAAUCUGCUCAUCAUCAGCUUCGACAGAUACUUCUCCGUCACGCGGCCGCUCACCUACCGGGCCAGAAGGACCACUGUCAAAGCUGCCAUUAUGAUCGCAUCCGCCUGGGGUAUAUCGCUGCUUCUUUGGCCGCCCUGGAUCUACGCGUGGCCGUACAUCGAGGGCCAAAGGACCGUGCCGAAGACCGCGUGCUACAUCCAGUUCAUCGAGACGAACCACUACAUCACCUUCGGCACGGCCAUCGCCGCGUUCUAUGUUCCUGUCAUGAUAAUGAUAAUCUUGUACUGGCGUAUCUGGAAGGAGACGAAGAAACGGCAGAAGGAUCUACCGAAUUUACAGGCCGGCAAGCAAGACGCGAGCAAGCGCAGCAACUCGAGCGACGAGGCUUUAGAUAUGGAAGAUUGUAGAAGACAGCGAAGCGAGUCGAGCACCGGCGACGACGUCUCGCACGCCACGCACAUCGCAGUUUCCUACAUUGAUAAGCACUAUCCGCAAUACAAAAGCCACAGGCCGUUCUCCUGGACCUGGCUGAAGAUGUGGUGCAUCGCGUGGUGGCAUAGCGGACGCGACGACGAGGACGACGACGAGGAGAUCGCGGGGCCAGAGAGCAGCCGCACCGGAGUUACGGGCUACGAGGAGACACUCACACCGUUGUCGGCCGAGACGCCACUUCCCAGCACGGUAUCGCGGUGUCCCUCCCUCAGCGCGAUACAGGCCACGGGACUCGCCCUGGACAAAGCCGCGGCGCAGCACGAGUACAAAAGACCGAUGCGAUCGGUCGAUCACAAGACUAUCUCCAGCGAUUCCGUUUAUACGAUUCUGAUCAAAUUGCCGAGCAACGGCGGCAAGUACAGCGAGGGGGCGAGCAUAAAGAUGAUCCACGACGAGCCCGUGUCGAUGCAGCUCCACAGCAUGAUAGAAGACAGCGAGGACGACGGCGGCAGUAGCAGCAUAGGCGGCGGCGGCGGCGGCGGCGGCGGCGGCGGCGGCGGCAGCAGCAUCGGCGGCAGUAGCGCCGGCAAGGUCUAUCGUCUCGGCGUCGGCCCCGGCAGCAGCGGCGGGCCGAGCCCGUCCGCGGUGAUAAGACGGCCGUCGCAAAUGCCGGACAUCCGGAUACCGUUGAACGCGAAGAACAUACCGAAGACGCUGACGGCGGGCAAGGGCAUACUGAACAAGCAGCCGAACAAGAAGAAGAAGAAGAUACAGGAGAAGAAGGCCGACCGGAAGGCCGCGAAGACGCUCUCGGCGAUCCUGCUGGCGUUCAUCAUCACGUGGACCCCGUACAACAUCCUGGUGCUCCUCAAGUCCAUCACCGCCUGCUCGUGGUACAUACCGCAGGAGCUGUGGGACUUUUUUUAUUACCUUUGCUACAUCAACAGUACUGUGAAUCCGAUGUGCUACGCGCUGUGCAACGCGACCUUCCGCAGAACCUACGUGAGGAUUCUCAAGUGUAAGUGGCACAGCAGGAACCGCGGCGGCGCGGUCGACCGGGGAUGAUAUCAGUAACCGGCGAUGCGUGCCCACGAUCUUUUCGCAUCGGCCCUACCCCAUCUCGAUUGCACUCCCGAUAUCCGCGGCUCUCGCAGAAUUGGGAGUCAACGACCGCGCUCGCGCCACACACGCGCACAGAUACGUACACUCACACACGUAUACACCGAAGCAACGCUGCAUUCUUAUUACUUUUAUUACUAUUAUCAUUAUUAUUGCUAUGUCGUCGUUCAUUUUUCCUCCUUUUCACGCGUUUCUCGGAGCGCACGAAGAAACGGAAGCGAGGAGACCGGCGACUGCCGCGAACGGGUUCGGCGAACGCGAGCGCCGAACCGCCCUGUUCCUAUCGAUAUAUCGUUCAUCGUAUGAGCAUCCGAUUAUUCGGGCCGCGCGUCCUUUCCGGUCCUGAUCGCUGGACCGCGCGCGACGACAGCAACAAAUAUCCGAUCGGCCGCUCGUGCCUUUGCUACGCGAAAGAAAAAAAAGAAAAAAAAAGGACACCGGGUGCGUCUCUCUUGAGUGGUUUUCGAAUUACCAAGAUGAGAGAUUAACCCCUUGACGACCGCGUCGUUUCUGCGCCGAGCGAUCAGGCGCGUUUUUCAAUAAAGCUUAAUUAAUCGUUGGUAAUUAGUUGGUAAUUUGGUUAUUCGUCGACGUCGGAGUUUAACGCUCUCUCUCUAAUACAAUUCUAUUACUUUGUAAUUAUAUUGGUGUCCGUUAAAACGUAGAAAAAAAGUGACUAAUGUAUCCUUGUCGGGGGGUUAACGAUACGACACUCAGCGGCGCGAACGAAUCCCUUGCUAUGUGUAAGUGUAGAGAAACAGUUUGUUUGUUGUCCGUAACAUUUCCAGGCAAUUUCACACUGGCGGGACCGAUAUCGAUUGUCUAUAUCGAGGCGCGUGAAUUUUUAAUGCGACAGUGGUUCUUCACCUUUUUUGGGUCGCGGACCUCUUCGAAAACCCGAAGGUUCUCAGCUCGAGUGAGACAUUAUUAUCGGGAUUCUCUCCGUUUUGGAUAUGUAAUAUGGGCAUAAUUGACAUCGCGUCGUGAAUAUCCAAUGACAGAUAUCGUCUAGGAGCUAUAUCGGUUACCAUGACUGACGGAAAAUCGGAAAAUCGCGCGACAACCGGAGCGUGAAGGAACACGGGUCCGUUCGCGUCGCGGACGAGAAAGGCGCGGGCCGGCCGUCGAGACGCCACUAGUCAAGACGCGCGCAGCUCCGGUCUCCGAGUUUCGCGAGAGGUAACGCGACGUGGAUACUGCCAUGAAUAUAACGUUCAUUAAUAUCUCUCCGAGUCGCGCAAACUGCGAUUCGCGCGCCUUCGGAAUUGUAUUACGCGUUUCCCCGCUGUGAUCGCCGUCGCGUCGAGAGCGCCGCGCGCUGCAAACCAGAAGCGCUUCCCUCCCCGAGAUAGAGAGACGGGAAGGAAGCGACGACGGCGGCGGCGAGGUGCAGCGGGGGAUAAUAGACGAAGAAAAAAAAGCUAUGCCGCACAAGAACCUACUUAAGUAAAGAAAAAAAAAAAGAGAAAAAAAAAGAAAAAAAAAAGAUUUUGAAAAGAUUAACGAUAAUCUCUGUGCGUCGCGCGGGUUUCGCGCGACGGGCGAUGUAAACACUCGAUGUAAAUUUUACGACGUAGCGAAGUGUAAAACUGUAAAUGAAUGUGUUUAAAUGUAAUAAUGCUGGGUGGGGAGUUUGAGGAGGGAGGAAGGGAGGGAUUCGAUGAUGUGGCCAAGCGGAGUGCGGGAGGAUAAUUAGCGAUUAGGAAAAGCGAGAGAGAAAGAGAGAGAGAGAGAGAGAGAGAGAGAGAGAGAGAGAGAGAGAGAGAGAGAGAGAGAGAGAGAGAGAGAGAGAGAGAGAGAGAGAGAGAGAGAGAAAAGAGAGAGAGAGAGAAAGAGAGAAGGAUUAACGCUAAAUCGAAUUCUUCCGUGAAACUAAAAUAACAUUCUAAUUAUAUGUGCCAAACGAAGCUUUAAAAGAUUAUACCAAGAUUAUACGGCGACAGAGAAGGAGAGAGGCGAAGGAGGUGCGUCACAGGGGAGAGGAACGUCGUAGCGCACUUUCGAGGCUAUUUGAGAAAACGAUAUUGAAGAAAUAUAUAUAGUUAAUAUAAAAAGAAAAUGAGAAAUAAAAUAAAACAGAUAAAAUAAAAGCACUGUGUCGAGCGAUACACGACUUUUAGCGAUCGAGGUCUCGUAAAAGUAAUCAAAGUCAAUCGUACGCGCGCCGACAUGCCUAUAGUGACCUCAAGACUGCGAACUCUUUCAUUUUCUCUUUCAUUAACUUCACCGAAUUAAGUCUCCCACCGCCGUACGGUAGAAAGGGAUACGAUUGUUCAUGUAGAUCUCUCUACUUCGUUACUCUUGUACAAUUUAUUUUUUAUAGACCGUACAUGUUCCCGUAAGUGUUAGUUGGAAUUAAUCGCACAGUUCAAACUGAUCUACAACCCCCCCCCCACACCCCUCCGCCGUUUUCUAUUUUUAAAACUACAUUUUGACAUCCCGAGAAGAGUGUGAAAAUAUUCUAUCGUCUCUACUUUCGCGUAAUUAUUGUACAAUUCACUAAUUGGUACACACAAAGCGAAGAAACAUAAAUCGCUGCCCGAGCGUGGCGGCGACGUUCCUAUGCACGCGUCGGCACGCGUGCGCUUGUACCUUGUACAAAAUACCCACGCACACUGAAACACGCACUCUCGCGCGAUCAACAUACACAUAUACACGGUGCAGUGUCGCGACGAGUACUCGUGGGGAUACAUCUGCGGGAUGUGUAUCGUCGAAAAUCACUCGCUCGCUCCUCGUGAAAUCGUGCACGGCGAAAUUCGCGGAGACGGGAGACCGGUGCGACCUUUUCUUUUUCCGCACACCCUGUACAUGUAAAUCGACGAGGGAAACUCGGCGGCGGUAAACGUUGAUCACGAAUGAACCUGGGUACAUCGUCGGGUGGACACGACGAUCGUUACGUAUCGGCAGCGUAAUUAACGAGUACAAUUAGACGGACGUAUAUGAUUUCGAUCCAUUAUUCGGGGUACUUUUGAUACGGGGAUUUGCGCUGACCGGGGGAUUUGGCGGCCGUUACGCGAGCAAUUACACUGAUUAGAUCGCGGUAUCCGUUUUCCAGCGAUAUUGCGAAGAAUCAUAAUUGUCGAUGUAUCAUAAUGUUUUUCAAUGAUAACAGACUUCAAAAUAUUUUCCCUCCCUUGUGGAAGAACUUGUGUGUGUUAAAGAAUUUAAAAAAAAAAAAAGGCUUCUGAUAAUAAUUAAGAUAUUAUAAAUAAUUUAUUAUUAUAAGAAUAGAUAUUAUAAAUAAAAUUAUUGUUUGUUAAUGUAAGUCUUUAGUGAAAAGCAAUCUCACGCAUAAGGAAAGAAAAAAAAAAAAACGUACAAUUCAGUCUAAUUUCUCGCGUCUUUCGGCACUUUUUGAGCGCGGUCACGCCGCCAACAUACACGACGGAAAAGGAAUAGCGCGUAGGGCUCGGUGAUAUUUUUUUACCUUCAUAGUCGAUCUCGCGCGAUUCAAUCUUGUGUGGCGUAAAUUUUAGCGAGUCGCGUCGAACGCAAGGCGCGACGGUGCGUAUGAGUGCUACGAGACGUAAGAAUACGACGACACUCGGCGGUUUCGUUGUAUUUUUUCAUAGCGCGAAAGCGACGCCGAGAUGCGCAAACGUCUCGCGAAAGAUUCCGUUAGGCUUACAUAGCGCAUUUGUCGAAUUCGCGAUUCCGAGAGCGAAAGCACCGAAACGGGUAAAACUCGAAGGGAAUUAUUGCGACAACGCUUGACGCAACUAACGUUUUUAAGACUUCGAUAUUUUCACGCAACUGGCAUGAAAUCGGGAAUUUAUGGAUCUACACACUUGCGAAAAUAUUAAGAGCAUUCGAUUGUUUUUUUUUUCGAGGAGCGAUGUGUCAAACUGUUGAAAAUACUUAUUUAAAAAAAAAAAAAAAAACGGACGCACAGAGGGGAUUGAUCGUAGAAUUCGCUUUGCUUUCGGUACAAAUAAAAUUCAUUACAUUCGUUGGAAAGUAAAACGGUAAAGUAAGACUAUUCAUAUGGCAAUCAGUAUGGCAAGAAUUUAUAUUGUUGCAUGAAGCACGGAGUGAGUGUGACUAUUUUGUUAUAUAAGAGUUUACAUUUCUUAGAAAGGAGAGUGUAAGGUGACAGUGUGUCAGUUACGGCGUAACUUUGGGGAUAUAUUCUAGAACUACGCGUCCUAUCUUAAGAUUCUACUUGCGAAAAGAGGAGUUUUAUCCUUUCAUGUCCGAAGCAAAGAAGCAUUUCCCCGCCUAUACCUAUAUGUAUAAACUCUUUAUUUAUUUAUUCCAGCACCAGAACAUAUCUUCAAAGUUCGACUCUGCAAUGGAGAUACACUCUGCGCGCACACAACGUUUAUUUUCAUAUUUAUUAUAAAAGAUCCAUAAACGUAAGGCACGUGUGGAGAAGAGCGUGUUAGUCGCGGAUUAAAUUACAUAUUUACGCGCGGUCGACCUCUGCGUUGGCUUCCAAUCGAGAUGUCGAUAGCGCGGAAUUGUUUAACAAUGCUAAAACGCGACAAGACGAAAAAGCCGCUACUAUGCUAUAUAACGAUUAACUGCCUCUCUUUAUUUACCUAUUUCCGUAGUAUCACGUCGAGACGUAAUGUAACACACAACACACACGUUGCGCAAGAAGAAAGAAGAGAGAAAAAAAAAAGAGGAAAAAGAAUACAUUUCCUUCGUCGAAUGCAUUAAAAAUGUACAAAGCGAAUAUUUCAUCGUGUGUUAAACGUAAGAUUUAGGUAUUUUUCAAAGGAAAUCUCAAACAUAUAUAGCGCAUGUACCUGGGUACCCUCUUACGACACUGCACACUCAUACAUAGUUAUAUAUAAUAUAUAUAUAUAAAUAUAUAUACACUUGGAAUAUACGCGUACGAUGCGUGCUAUUUAUCUCAAAAACGAAUGUUUUCGCAUAAAAAGCGUAUACCGAAGAUAAACGAAACGAUGUACGACUUUUUUUAAUCGUAGAUUAUUGUAAACACCGAUGUAAUCAGUCUAUGUUUAUAUACGUGUUUUAUAUUAAUGAGAAAUUUACGAUAUUCGAGAGUAAUAUAUAAGACGCCAAAGAAGAGAGGUGGAGAAGCUAAAGAAAAAGAACAAAAAAAAAAAAA